AUGUUUAUGUACCUCUACACGCAAUGGUCGUUCAAAUUCCUGUCGACGAUCGGCAUUUUGCUCCAAUUAUUGCUGGUCGACAUUCCGCGGGAUUUGAUACGGUGGAUGGGGUUGAAGCCGAAAGAUGUUAAAAACCAUGUAAUCGUAAUCACUGGUGCUGGGAGUGGAUUGGGCCAGAAAAUGGCCGAGACGCUGGCGAUUACGCAUGGGGCACAGUUGGCAGUUUUGGAUGUUAAUGAGAAAGGUGGUCUCGAAACUGUUGCUCGAAUCGAGGCCAAAGGAGGUCGUGCUCAUUUCUGGAGGGUAGACAUCAGCGAUGCCGACGAUAUGAAUGCAAAAGCGAAGGAGAUCGAGGCGUAUUUUGGCCGUGUUGAUAUCGUGAUUUGCAACGCGGCCGUGCUGUACUUUUCUUUUUUCAUGGAGCUGACGAACGAGCAGCUGAAGAGGGCCAUGGAUGUCAAUGUUAUUGGAACUAUUAAUACAAUCCGCGCGUUCCUCGAGCGUAUGGAAAACGAAAACUACGGCCAGAUCGUGUGCGUGGCUUCGAUUGCCGGAUGGACGGGCGACACGUUUGGACUGGCCUAUUGCCCGACAAAAUUCGCGGUUCGCGGCGUGAUGGAGUCGCUGCAGAUGGAGCUGAGAGAUCGGGGAUUGAAUGGCGUCAAGUGUACUACGGUGUGCCCUUACUUCUGCCGGACCCCAAUGAUCACCAGCCAGGGAAUGAGGCCCACAUCGACAUGGAUCCCAUUCAUGUCGGUCGACUCGUGCUCCCGUCGAAUCAUCGACGCCGUCCUCAAGGAGAAGAUUUGCGCCUUCAUGCCGAAUUACGUCAAUUUCAUCCCGCUCGUGUUACGACUGUUCGGCGUCUCGGCGACCAAGUCUCUCCGCGAAUAUCUGAAUUGCCGAUACGAGCCGACGGAGACUGAUAGCCACGCCGUUUUCAAGAGUCACCGAAAACUGAUCCAACCGAUGCCCGACUAUUUCGAGACUCCCUCAAUCCUCUGGUGGUCCAUCAUCCCUGGGGCGCUGGUCAUCAACUUUUACGCCUGGUACCAACCCGAGGCCCUCGACAUCUUCCCCCUCUCGCCGGCAUGCCAUAUUGGACAGGUGUACCCGUCAUUCGUCAUUGCCACCAACAUUUUUGCCCUGGUCGCCCAUUUGGGUGAGGCCAUCUACGCCCUGCUUCUCUGCGAGACCGUCAGAUUCACUUUUGCCUGCCGCCUGAAAUGGUUCGUACAAACGUUCAUCCUCGGUUUCCCGUCGUUGAGCCUGCUGAAGAGCUACGUCAGCAAGAGGGUCGAC